AUGUUGCAAUGUCUUGUGUGGACUUGCCGGAAGGGGAGGGGGUUCAUUCCCCAUGGGAAGAUUCGACUGAUUGGAAGCUUCAAUAGGGGGGGAGCAGCAUCGACGUGUGUAAACCAGAACGAAGACAACGGGGCGGAUCGGGUGACGUAUCAUGGGACGUUUUGCGCUAUUGACCACGUGGCAACAUACCCCCCUGAGCACCCCACCGCUGAAAAAAUAACCGAAGAUUACCUGAAGGCGCAACGGCUAAUUCCCCUAAGCGAAAACGAACUGCAAAAAACAAGAAACGUCCUAAUCAAGGUUGUAACUGACCAGGAGAUGCAACGCCAAGUUAUGCGUUCGUGUAACAUCCCCAGUUUUUUCCUGCAGGACAGUCAUGUGCGAAACGAUUUUUUGGAGCACCUCCGGGGGGAUACAUCACGAGCGUUCGAGGUGAGGAAGAUUCUGCAGAACGAGGAGGAAGAACCGAAAGACGGGGAAACCAAAAGUGGGUCCAUGAAGUAUGCUAAACUGCUAGCCAUUUUCCAGCAGUUCAUAAAAAAGAAUUACUACAAGCAGUGGAUUUUUUAUGAACAUGUGAGGCGAAUGUGCGACUUUAGCGAGUUAAGCGAACUGGUAAAAAAAAAAAAAAAAAAAAAAGCGAGGAAGCUACACUUGUAUGUUGGACCAACGAACAGCGGAAAGACUUAUGAAGCUUUCCAAAGUUUGUGUAAAUCAAGUAAUGGGUUGUAUUGUGCGCCUUUAAGAAUCCUAGCGUGGGAAAUCCACAAAAAACUAAUUAAACUGAAUAAAGUCACCAGCUUAUUAACAGGCCAAGAAUUAAUUAAAAAAAAAAAUGCAACACAUACAGUUUGUACAGUCGAAAUGACCCCCCUGGAUAGACAAUACGACUGCGUUGUGGUUGACGAAAUUCAGAUGCUUAACCAUGACACGAGAGGAUGUGCGUGGACAAAUGUUCUUCUUAACCUGGACUGUGAAGAGAUAUACCUCUGUGGAAGUGAAAACAUAAUCAGUUUGGUGAAAAAAUUAGCAGACCUUUUAGAAGACCAGUUAAUUAUAAAGCGAUUCGAACGGUUAACAAAAUUGCAUGUGCAGGAAAAUACAGUGGAAUGGGAAAAACUCAAGACGGGAGAUUGCGUAAUUACCUUCUCCAGAAAUAGCAUCAUGUUGUUAAAGAAUCGCCUGGAGCGGUUGAAUAAGCGUGUUUUUGUAAUUUAUGGGAGUUUGCCCCCGGAAUUGAAGCGCAGGCAGGUGGAGUUAUUCAACCGAUGCUGCACAGAGGAGGUAAACAUAGGAGAAGUGGACAAAGCUGACACCGCAGAACUACCCCUCACCAGUGACAACAAAAAACAAACCAUUUUAAUCGCUACAGAUGUGAUAGGCAUGGGGGUGAACAUUAACAUAAGAAGAAUUAUAUUUUAUUCUUUGCAAAAAUUUGAUGGAGAUAAAAUAAGAAAUUUGUACGCUUCGGAGGUGUUACAGAUAGCGGGCCGAGCUGGAAGAUUUCAUCAUGGGGUUAGAGAACCGAUAACUGGUUACGUCACUUGUUUCCAUGCGCAUGAUUUGAGCACUGUUAAAAGAAUUUUCAGGAGCGAAAGUGAUGCUUCGCUGGAUGGAAAAGGGUUGGAGAAUAGCCAUUCAGAGGAUUCCACUUUUACACACAAUUGUGGUGAACACGUGAGGUCCCCUAACGAAUUAAGAGGAAAUGAUGAGGGGAGGUAUUUAGACGGGGAGGGUAGUUCCGCUCAAUUGGAUGGACUACAACAGAAUACCCACAUUGUGGAUCCCAUUGUUCACCAAAUAAAGGGAAAAAGCAACACCUGUACAAAGGCAGGCUUCUUUCCAGACUUUAACCUGAUAAAUAAAUUGAAAAAAAUGCUAGAGCAUGAACACAAAGCAAAGGUAGAGCUGCAUGAAAUUAUGAGCAUACUGGUAGAUUACGCAAAGCUUAAUGAGGAUUAUUUUUUUUUAACGAAAAAUUACAACCAAAUGAUAACCAUAGCUAAAUUUUUAAAAGAAAUAAAUCUGGACAACGAAAUUCUCUUUGUGUAUACCCUUUCUCCGAUAAAUGUAAAUGACGUUAAUAUGUUAACUACUCUGAGAACCUUUGCUUUAUGUCAUGAGCUGCUAAAUUUUGUGGAUUUUUUUGAGUGUAUAAAUCAACACAUUGUGCCUACUACUACGGUGGGGGGGGUUGAAGAGUUAAGGGAGAGGCAUAGUUACUCGGGUGCGCUCACGGAUGGCUUACCUCUCCAAGGAGGUAACCUCGCCAGGAAUGGAGGCACCCCGAAUAGCGGCACCGCCUGGUCAGAUCGUAAACAGGGUGAGGAAGAAUUAUCAAACUUCUUCUCCGAUGGGGAGAGUUGUACCCACUCGAAGAAGCAACAGAGUGCAGUUGGCAUUGACUUCCCCUUAGGCGCAACUCCAUUCAGCGCCUCCCUGGAAGAUUCCAACCAUCCGAAUGUGCCACUUGAGCAGUGUCUCAGCGUGCUGGAGGUUUACUAUGAAAUAAUCGACCUGUACUGCUGGUUAUAUACAAAGUUCCCGAGCAUUUAUACAAGCAUAGAUUCAGUAAACGACGAAAAAAAAAAAGUCACCAACGCAAUUAUAAGUGUGUUGGCACGGUCGUGUGAGGGGGAGGUGGUGAGCGUUAAUGGGGGAACCGCUGCAGGGGGAACAGUAAAAGUAAAAGAGGUGCCCCUCCAAAGGGAGUUGUAA